UUGUAUUUUUUACUUAACAUCUAUAAUAUUUCCAAUUGAAAACUUUUUAUUGUCGAAAUAUAUUUCAUAAUCAAGUCUUGCACAGUAACAUUUCCUGAAACAUUAAAAGUAAUUACUCGUUAUUAUACGAUUCAGUCCCAGUCAGAGUUUUGCUAUUCUUCUUUCACUGUAUUUCUUUAAAGAUCAGCGAUUGAACUACACGAUAUAAUUCCAUUCGUGUAGAAUACCUAAUGUGUAAUUACCAUUGCUUUGUCGUGCGUUUAACGAUUUUCGCAAUUGGUAGUAGGAAAUGUGGCAUUUAUCUUUUUUCGAUGGAAUUAUAUUUCCAAGAGACAAGAUUGCAAAAAAAAACUAGUUAAUGCAUGGAUAGCUGUUUUCUUCUUCUAUGAUAUGUAUGCAAUAUGUCUCUGUAACAUCAUGGUUGAAAUACACUUCAUGUCUUUCUGACAUAGACUGUUAAUAAAAUUUUAAAAUGUGCGUACAAAUAAUGAGUUCUGUCUCGGCUUCUAUCUCAUUGUAUUACGCGACAUAUAAUAGCGAUUGAUCCAUGUUCACUUGAGUGGGGAUGCACCGUGUGGGGAUGGACUUGGAGAGACGGACCAUGCAAUCUUAUUUCCUUCUGAACUAGAGUACUGAACAAAUGUGCUGAGACUAAUAUCUCUAUUUCUAAAUAUAUUCAAAAUUAUUUGCAAAUGGUGAUCACGAGUACCGUUAGCCCGAUGCUGAUAAUUGGUCUUCGAUUCUUUGGUUUUUGGCCGGGUGUAUCAUAUUCUACCAUUCAUUGGCUGAGCUUUAUGUCGAGCAUGCUGAUUAUACAGUACUUCCAAUAUUUGUACAUAUUUACUCAUCUGAAGAUCAGCGAGUUAACAAAUCUUGUUGACAGUUUGAUGGUGACUUUAGUUUACAGCUUGACAUUUCUGAAAUUGAUUGGUCUGUGGAUACAUCGGCGAGUUCUUCAUAAAAUUUUGGUGGAUAUGGAUAAUGAUUGGCGCGAGUGCAUCAACGUCGAUCAGCAUUUACAUAUAAUGACAAUCAAAGCUAACGUAUCACAUUUCUGUUCUAACGUCUUGUUAAGCAUUAAUACGAUUGGUUCGGCACUUUACCUCUUAGGCGAUGACGUAGUUCGUUUUAUAUUUCCAACCAAAGAUUACAACGUUACUAUACGGCAGCUUCCUAUAAAGAUACAAUUUCCCUUUGAAACUCAACAAUCGCCGAUAUUUGAAUUUUUCGUUGUAUCAACAUUUUUACAUGGGAUGUUACAAGUAUGGUCGAUCGCUAUUCUAAAUGGAUUGAUCAUUACUUUGGUGCACCAUGUAAGCGGACAAGUUGAUGUAAUAUGUCAAGAGUUCAGAAAUAUUUCCAGGACUACUCUUUUGUAUAGAUCUUCCUUAUCUUCGUUUGGAAUAUUGGUCAAGAGACAUAACAGAAUCAUUUCAUUUUCCGAGAACAUCGAAGAACUCUUCUCCUUCAUUGCGCUAAUGCAAGUUGUUUGGAAUACACUAGUUAUUUGUUGUCUAGGAUUUAUUAUUAUACUUUCAAUUCAUAACGAAACUGGCGUUUUUGCGUUAAUGAAAACUAUGAUUGCUUAUUUGGCUAUAACAAUGGAGGCCUUUAUUAUUUGCUUUGCCGGUGAAUAUCUUAGUUUUAAAGGCAAAUCAAUUGCCAGAGCAACAUACGAGACGCCAUGGUAUGAUAUGCCGUCAAAACAAAAUAAAAUUAUAAUAUUUAUAUUGAUGAAAUCACAAAAGCGACUGGCAAUCACGGCGGGAAAAAUGAUGGAUAUGUCGUUCGAAACCUUUACAAGUAUUAUGAAAGCGUCAGUAUCAUAUGUAUCAGUUUUGUAUGCUAUGUUAUGAUACGAACAAAAUCAAGCAGUAUCUAUUUUCUGAAAGUAUAUUACGUAGUUAAAAUA